AUGGCCUCGAAAAGUUUGGCGCUAGCCGGUAUUUUUGCCGCUAGCCUGGUAUCUGCUGACGUCCCCAUCUCCGUGCAAUACGAUGCCACCUACUCGUUGCCGGAAUCUCGUGGUUUAUCCUGCUCGGGUGACGGAGCUAAGCCUGCUGGCACGUGCUGCCCUAAGGCUGGUGACGUCGCGAUUGCUGACUGCAAGCCGUACCUGUUGUCCUACAGCGGAGCGGCGUGCGUCGCCCCAGUUGACGCGGAGUGUGUCCUUGUAAUGAACGACACGUGGGGAUGUGCAUUCCCUCAGACAAGUCACAUUUCUACUGCAGAUACUGAAAACGGCAAAGCGUACACCGAUAAAGGAGUAAAUUACGACAAGAAUCUAGAUGCACCACUAGGUGUGAACUGUGACGUUGCUUUGGAUGGUACAGACCAGGCCAAAUACAGCAGCACAACCAUGGGGACAAAGGGCGGCAACUACUGGCACAUGACCAAGGACAAGACUGACGACGGACAUCAUGGUCGUAUGAAAUCCAAAAGUACUGAAGAUGGCCACAUGAACAAGGACAAGACUGACGACGGACAUCAAGGUCACAUGAAAUCUGGGGGUACUGAAGACGGCCACAUGAUCAAGGACACGCACGAGGGCGGACAACAUGGUCACAUGAGCGCCGAGGAUGGUAAAGACAGUCACAUGACCAAGGACACGAAAGAGGGCGGAUAUUAUGGUCACAUGAUCGCCGAGGGUGGUAAAGACGGCCACAUGAAGAAUGACACGAAAGAGGACGGACAUCAUGGUCACAUGAACGCCGAGGUUGCUAAAGACGGGCAAGUGACCAAGGACACGAACGAGGACGGACAUCAUGGUCACAUGAACGCCGAGGUUGCUAAAGACGGGCAAGUGACCAAGGACACGAACGAGGACGAACAUCAUGGUCACAUGAACGCCGAAGGUGGUAAAGACGGCCACAUGAAGAAUGACACGAAAGAGGACGGACAUCAUGGUCACAUGAACGCCGAGGUUGCUAAAGACGGGCAAGUGACCAAGGACACGAACGAGGACGAACAUCAUGGUCACAUGAACGCCGAAGGUGGUAAAUACGGCCACAUGAAGAAUGACACGAAAGAGGACGGACAUCAAGGUCACAUGAACGCCGAGGUUGCUAAAGACGGGCAAGUGACCAAGGACACGAAAGAGGACGAACAUCAUGGUCACAUGAUCGCCGAAGGAUGGUAA